AUGUUUCAUCAGCCACGACAGAUGGAAACAGAAUUCCACGGCUACUCGGUGGAAUUCAGUCCCUUUGUGGACAACUUGAUAGCCAUUGGCACUGCGCAGUACUUUGGAAUCGUCGGCAAUGGGCGUCAACUUGUAGCUGAACUGCUGCCGACGGGAAGGCUCUGUCCGAUACGGGCGUUCGACACACCGCAGGGUGUGUACGACUGCGCGUGGAGUGAGAACCACGGACAGCAACUCGUGAGCUCCUGUGCUGACGGGUCGGUAAAGCUCUGGCACUUGCAAACGCGCGAUCCGUUUCCGAUCCAGAACUACCACGAGCACAAGCAAGAGGUGUGUGGCGUGAAUUGGAACGUGCUUGCAAAAGACUCGUUCGCGUCGGCAUCGUGGGACGGCAGCGUCAAGGUCUGGAGACCGGACGUACCGCAUUCAGUGCGCACCCUUGCCGAGCACACUCGUGCCGUAUACAAUGCAGUGUGGAACACGCAGGAUAACUCGCUCGUCGCUUCGUGUUCGGGGGAUGGUGCCGUGAAGAUCUGGGACCUCAACUGUGAACGGUCCGUCACGACGGUCACUGGACCACAGAGCACUGAGGUGCUCGCUCUUGACUGGAACAAGUACAACCAGUUUGAACUCGUGGCUGGAUCGGCCAAUGGCUCCAUUGUCGUCUAUGACAUUCGACACUCAGCUCGUGAAGUGCGUGUGCUCACAGGACAUAACUACGCGGUAAAGAAGAUCAAGUGCUCGCCAUAUGAUCGAGACGUGAUUGCGUCAGUGUCGUACGACAUGUCUGUUGGAAUCUGGAAUACGAGGUCUCCGUACCCGAGACUCCAGAACGCGCAGCACCACAGCGAAUUCGUGUGCGGGUUUGACUUUAGCCUCUUUGUUGACGGCCUCGUGGCUUCCUGUUCGUGGGACCGACAGGUGUUUGUAUGGAACUACUUUGGUGGACCACCACGGCGCCUCCUACUGCCUUGA